AUUUUUAAAUCGGGAAACGCAAAUACAUUUGAACACGAACAAUUACGUCCAACAAAGACUUUACCUUUAUUUUGUUAUUCUUGAACCUCAAACGCAUGUGACUAACAUUUUUUAUAAGGCAAUGACGGACAAAGACUACUUCAACAAACAACGGUCAAUUUACCACGCAACAACUAUUACUAAAACCAAAACCAAUCAUCAAUUGAAGCUAAACGCGCAUCUUCCAGAUACGAAAACAUACGUUGUAUUAUGAUACAGGCACUUGUUUCUAACUUAUGUGAGUAUAUUUGGCAAAUGGCACGCACUCUGUAUGUUGGCAUGUCGCGCCGCGUCGCGUUGUCGCACCGUUUCGAGACGCCAUGCCAUGCCAUAGAGGCUUUAUUAUAUGUUGUCUUCUUCGUCGUUGUCGUCGUAGUCGUUGUCGCCGUUAAGACUACACCCAAAGACUAUGACUUCCACAUUUUGCACCUUCCCUAAGCUGACUUUCUUCUGCCAAAAUAGAUAGCAUCGAGGUAUUGUUGCAUUCUUCGAUUAAUAGUAGCUUCAGUUUGUUUUUAAAUUUCCACUGGGAUUGUCCAGUUGAUUAAAUUAGCUCCUUGUGCUCGAGUUAAAACUCCGAUUGAUUGUGGUGUUCUGCUACUGUCGGGCAUUUGUGAGAUAUCUAUUUCCCUGAGUUUGAUGAUUAGUCGGUUGAAAAGGAAACUUUAUAAAUACGGAUCAAGAGUGUAGUCUACUAUAACUGUGCGUGUUUGUAGAUGUUGAUAUUAACUUUCAAUUAAACGAAACACAUUGGAAAGAGUAACUCAAUAUCUAGAUCAGAGUUUGUUGUGCCGGAAAAAAAAAUUGAAUUUAUUGAACGUUUUGGUAGCAACUUGUUUCUUCUUUUUUUUUCUUUACUUAGAGAAAGAACUUUCAAUUCAAGUGGAUUGGUUUUGUGUAUGGAUUAACGGCUCUCUUUGAAAAAUGAAGGUGCUUCAAAUUGUUUUUGUACUUGGAAUUGUAGCAUUAUCAAAAUGUGAACUACAAAUUUCAAGAAGACCAUUGGUCUUUCCAGGUUGGCCACCAAAGAGUGCCAAACAAACUGGUAUUGGCGUUCGAAAUCCUGCCGGAAAUGGUAAACGGACACUUGUUCUUCAAAUUCGCAGUGAUAAGCAUGUUCCAAUUGUCCUUAAAAGACCUCCACAACAACAAGCUUUAGUACAAAGACCAGCUGGGCGACCACACAAAGUUAUUAUUAAGCCUGGUCAAUUGCACAGCAAUAAGGUUCUCGCUAGAAAACCAUCAAGUGUUUUGAAGAUUAAAAUACCCAACGUUACACCAUCACACUUUGAGAAGCCAUAUCACUAUGAACAACCAUAUCAAUUAGUUUCAGAAGUUCAACAACUCCCACUUGAGGAAAACACACACUUUGUAUCUGAACACUUUGCCCCUAUUCACACAAUUCCUGCGCCAAACCUAAGCAUCCAAGAUAAUCACAUCUUCCAACCAGAACAAUAUCUUCCUCCAGAGCCACAACCACAACCAUAUCACCCCAAUAACUACCAGGUCAAUGAGGAUCAAACAAAUGAUCAAACUAUUUUGGAUCCCUUCUCAGGAAAGCAAAAACUUUUUGCACCUGAUCCAGAUCCAUCUUUGCCUGCAGCCACAAUUCGUCCAGCUACUGAGCCUUACAAUACUCCCAGCAAUGGAAAACCUCUGCCAGCUGAUAUACAAUCCAACUACCUACCACCUGCUCAAGCUCUUACCCAGUUGAUCAGUCCAUCUCAGCAACAGGCUCAACAGCAACUUCCAGAACUAUUCGGCCUUCAAUACGUCGGCCAACCUCUGCAAUUGGCUCCAAUCGCUAUUCAGAAUCCGACAUAUUUGGUAACGCAGUCUAACCAACUCUUUAACCAACACCAACAAGAGCUUUUUAGGCCGAAUGAUAACAUUAUUACCUCAUCAUACGCUGAUGCUGAUUUGACACAAGAAGUAGCUAGCAACGGACAAAUAUUACAAGCUGCAAAGGAUCCAGCUAACAACAUUCAUCCACAAUAUACAGCAGCUGAUGUGGCUAUCAGUGCUGCUCCUCAAUUUGCUGCAUUGAUUGCCGCUCCUCCAGCUUCUACGGCCCAUGCAGUGCAUAUUGAACAGAGAGCGCCAUUCCAACUGUCAAAUGUGGCAGUUCCACAACCAAAUGGCUUUGUAGUUUCGGACUACUUUGGAAAUGGGCAAGGAGAUUCGCAACUCUUGCAGGCAUUUGCUGCCGAAGAGGAAUCCCAGCGAGAGAAAGCCCACAGUGAACAGCAAGCUCAUUUAGAGUAUGAGCAUAGGCUACAGCAAGAACAACAAGAGCAACAAUUACUCUUACAACAACAACACAACCACCAGCUUGAACUACAGCAGCAGCAACAGCAACAACAACACCAUCAACAACAAUUUGAAUUGCAACGCAAUCAACAACAUCAGCAGCAAAUUUUGGCACAGCCACAACCGUCAACAGAUCCUGCAACAGCAGCUUUUGAAGAACACAAACGACUUGUAGAACAGCAACUUGGGCCCCAGUCGCUGAGAAUAUUUGUACCUGACGAUAGUGAAAAUGGUUUUUCAUCGGAUGGGCGCCAAAAACUUAAGAAACGAUCUAACGAAGGUUCUGGAAAAAAGCAAAAAUCUAAGGAUAGAAUUUUUUCAGUUUCUUCAUCGGUAGAGGUUUCCAGUGAAGAUCAGAAGCAGUAGAAAAUUAUCAAAAAAAGGAUGUA